CACACCCAAAUUUGAAGUACAGGUCACUUUGCGCAUACACAAACUGUCUACGGUUUAUCGACCUCUAGAAAGUCAUGAACAGGCGAUGAUAUGAGCAGCUCGGACGAAGAUCAAGACGCAGAGCAUCUGCUCUCUACAUUCCAAUCACAUCCUCUCCCACCAACAAACGAUGUUCCUUCUUCAACUCCCUUUACAACCGUCGACCACCAACCCACCCCACCGAAACGAAGGAGCAGGCCACCGAAAGUGGCCGUCAUAAUUGACUUGGUGGAUUCGGAAGGCUCAUCGCCACAGCAGGAGACACCGAGGAGACCAAGGAAGCAGCCAAAGAAAAAUCCCGUACUACGAGUAGAGUCGUCAGACUCUGAGAACUCACAAGCCGUAAGACGUGGCAAUGCUGGCCCUCGCUCGAGACGAUGCAGGGCUCAAGUUAAGAAUUAUUAUUCAAAUGCCAACUACUCAGGAUACUUUUACGUGUCUGAAGGCGAGCAAGAAACAAGACCCGAAACACAAACACAACCAAGGCCUACUCACUCUUCACGUUCAGUAGUGCCAUUCACACCCAAGAAACCGGAGCGAAGAAGAUUUCGUGUCAUUUACGAUUCUCAAGGAAUCCGUGUUUCUCGACAUGUAUUUUCUAAACUACAAGACAUCCCUGACCUUCCUCGUACGGCUCCCUAUUCUCCCCAGACCAAACCUGUGCGUUAUGCACGCCAAUUCAGAAGCAAACCACAACAUCCACUGCUUCAUGUGUCUUUCAGCGAAGAUGAAAUACAGGCCAUCAUUACCCUACUAGCUCCUUACGGCGUUGACGGAGGUCUGUCUGAAAUGAGCCCAGCAGACCAAGUCACGGACAUUGUUCGAGCGGUAAACAUGAAUCGUCUCGAGCAGGGGUUUUUAGAAAAGUUACCUCAGAUGAUCCACCUUCAGAAACUUCUCAAUAGUCAGGGCUUUGAUAACCUCAUUGCAUACCAUCAAGCUGCUGACUCUGCAGAUCCUUUGAUUGAUAAUCUCUGCAACGAGACAUUGUCUGAGAAAGACACCCCCGCCCAAGCUUCGCAGUCCCUCGUCAUGGCAGCUGCCCUUGCCAAGCGUUCCAGGUCAGAUAUACGAGCGUUUCUGAAGGACGCAAGACGGGGUAAUAUACCAACCCGUCCAUUUUUCAUUACUGCCAGUCGGGAAGAUGCGUGCAUCUCAAAGAGUGAACAUCGAGCCUCUAUACUAGACAAACACCCCAAGCAGCUCUCUGAAGAAUUUAGUCUGCGAAGAAGUCAUACAUGGAAAGGUGCUUCGAAUGACGUCUUAAAUCUUGCUUGGUCCCCAGAUGGGUCGAAAUUUGCUAUCGGUGCAGCCGCGCAGUGUGACGAACACAACAUGCAAUAUAAUCGGUCGAAUAAUCUGAUCCUGGGUGAUUAUCAACACCAGACCAUCAAGGAGCUACCAGAUCACCGUGUCCCGUAUCCAGUCGCAAAUCAUAAUAAUGCUCAUUUAUACAUGAGUGUUACGGCUGUCCAGUGGUUUGAGGACACUCUAUACACGGCUAGUUAUGACAAGACAGUCAAAAUCUGGAAUGUUUCUUCGUAUGCCAAUGCAACGUGCGAUCGCACUCUUCGGCACAGCCACAAAGUCCAAGUAAUGGCAAGAUCACCUUCAAUCGCCAAUAUACUGACUACAGGAACGGAAUCAACAUUGCAUUUGUGGCAUUUGGAUGACAUCGGUCAGACAUGCUACGAUCUGGAUUACAUGUCACAGCGCUUAAGCAGAAAUCCUCGUGCUACCAAAGAAGCCGGCUUUACACCCUCAUCGUUAGCGUGGGGAUUGUCUCCUUUGACACGGGAUUUGUUUGUUACCGGGUUUUCUGGUAAAAGCUACCAUGAGGGAGAUGCGUGCAGGGAAGGUUUGCUGGCAGCGUGGAAAGUAGCUGAGAGCUCUCUGGUGGCUAUACAAUUGCAGCCAAACGCGCAAAAUAUCUUUGAUGUGAAAUCCCAUCCCUUUCUUACUUGGUUUGCCACUGGUAGCUCCGUGUCUAGCAUAGGCACGAAUGGAACAGGGAGGGAUAUACGAUCGUUAGUGCGAAUUUACGAGCCGACGACAAAGCCGCGAUGCGCUAUAGAGUUUGACUGUCCAGCUCUUGAUAUCAAUGACGUUUCUUUUUGCCCUAUGGACCGUUUCCAUAUAUCAGCUAGUUGUACUGACGGUGUUACCUAUGUGUGGGACUUCCGCAACCCGUCGCAAAUUUUACAUAAAUUGUGCCACGGAGACGCUAUUAAUCAGCUCGAUGAGGAGCUUACGAGAGAACAAGCUGAUGUCGGUGUUCGUGUUGCGUUGUGGGGGAAGGGCCCGGAUGAGUUUAUCACAGGCGGCUCUGACGGUGUGCUUCGGUCGUGGAAUAUACUUCGCGCACCUGAGGAUGCUCAUGUUAGAGAUAUUGCAGCUAUUCAAGACGAGGUUAUGUCGGGGGCGUUUUCUCCAGAUAAGUCAACCUUACUCGUUGGAGAUGCUGCUGGAGGCAUCCAUAUUCUCCAACCAGGCUCUAGCUCAGAUCCAGUAGAAGAACUCCACUAUGAGCAUACAGGAGAGACUGAGUUCUCGGCAUCUUCCGAGUCUGGGAGAGCUAUUGGAAAGUCACUCUUGGAGACUGGUCAACUCAUUCAGCACCCGCGAUAUGGGGCGGGCCAAGGACCAGCGUAUAGAGGACCAUAUGCAGCUUGGGCUCGUCCAGAGGAGACACCAAAAGACAUGCUAUCAACCACUCCACUACUCGAGGAGAUACAAGCUUUGCAACUUGAUCAAGCCGCUACUCCAGCCGGAGAUCAUUCUGUUGCCGAAUAUAGAAAAACCGCAGUAAUUCGCAAUCGAGAUCCGAGCCUCCUCAAGCGGAAGGACAGCCCUCAUCACCGCCCGAAGAAGAAACAUCGUGUCACGCCUGUUAUUGAUUUAUCUAGUGACAAGGAAUAUAUCAAGCCAAUCAAACCAGUCCGCAAGUCAAGCAAGGCUCCAAUUUGGAUUGACCUCACCGGCGAUAGUGAGGAUGAAGGCUGCAAGAUUGCGGCCGUAGACCAGCAGGUGAGGAGGGAUUGGGACUCGGAAGUUGAUGCAGAAGAUUAUUGGUUUCCGGAUAGCGGCGAAAUUGAUCCCAAUAUUCGUUAUUCGGACUGAUCGAUGCGUUAGGUGUUGGCCAAACGAUGUCAUCAGUGGGGUUAGCGGACUACGACUGUCUACAUUUGGUCGAUAUUAUGUGACUGAGUCCUUACUUUGUAUUCGAUACAUCAUGAUAUUCCAGGGAAAAGAAUUAUUCAGACGUUAACAAGUGAAAUACAUUGAUUA